UUGGGGUGAAUAUUUAAAAAGCCACAGACGAACGGUUUAGCCGAAAUUAACCAAACUAUAGCUAACAGAGUGUCCAAAACAAGAAUCCUAGUCGUCUUCAUUCAGUAAUGUAUUGUUGAACAGGGUCGACACCAGAUUGCUGUGCGCUGUGAAAGAGUCUUUAUGGUUUUUACGUCACUACUACUGACCGGAAGUGCUGAGCGAUGUCAAACCCGAGCAAAUGAGUGUUACUUCCACGACGUUUUGAAGAUAUGUCUUUACAUUUUUGAAUUCUGUAUCACUUUCAUCCAGCUCCCAAAUCACUGAACGUUCAUUGAAACGUGUUGUAGGACGCUUAAACGUUAACCAUGUCAAAUCGCAUCGCUUUCCAGACUCAGUUAGCGUCCAUUAUGGAGGUGCUGGCAAAUGCAGCGGUGGCUGAGAUAUGCAAACUCGUAGACGACGACUACGCGGUUAUAAACUUACAGAUGACCCAAUGUCAGCGUGAAAACAAAGCGCUGAAGAGAAAACUUCACAUAUUGGAGCUAAAGAUGGCUCGAGGGUUUGCAGAGAGGAGAAUUAGUUCACUCAAUCGCACUAAUCGGGUUCAAGUGAGCGCCGCUUUGUCAGAGAAAUACAGGAACCAAACUAACGCUGUGCUGUAUGGAGCUCAGUUUAACUCGGGACUGUGGAGAGGUGGAGGAACAGACUCAGCUGCUCAGCAAGAUGAAAAUGAAACUAACAAUAUGACAGGAGAUGCAGUAUUAUCAGAAGCGGACACAGUGCUGAUAAAGGAUGAGAUGUUUGAGGAGGACCAAACACAGCAGAGGCUGUUCAUCAGAGAAGGAGUAAAAGAGACGCUAUCACAGACUGGAGAGGCAGGUUUUGGUGAUGUUCAGAUGGUGAAAGAUGAUGAUCAGGUCUCUGGGAUGCAGCAGCCGACUUUGGAGCAGCAAAGACAGGUGGAAGACGGAGAGCCAGAAACAAUAUUGAUAAAGGAGGAUCUGAACGACCAGUGGGAAAGAAGCCAGACACAAGCCAUAAUUGUGCAAGAUGCAGAGUCAAAUACAGAAAAUUGUAGCGGAAGACUUUCUACCUCACCAGCCAAAAGCACAGUUGCACCUGGUGCAGAGAAGCCGACAGAGGUGGAAUUUUCCCAUUUGAGUGAAAAUGGACAGGAUAGGAGCCAGAGAACCAAUAUUUCUCCAUCCACUGGACUGCAGAUACAAGGUACUGUUGAGUCCAGUCCAAGUAGUUCUCAACAGCACCAGUACCACAGGUUUGCUGUUCGACCCAGCAAGGGUCUAACAACAGGAGAAACUGCAGCUCUCACAGGCCCAGGACACUUACACAAGGGAAUGGUGAAAAGCAGAACUUCACCCACAAACCAGCCUCUGCUCAGCAGAGAAAAGACAGCCACUGAAAUGUCAGGAAUGGACUGCUUGUUGUAUGACAGACCUGCUGAACCUAAAACCAGCUUUACGCACUGGCCCACACAUCCAUCCUGCUCAUAUACAGAGUCAGACCAGGAUCAAGACUGUAUGCUGGUUCAGUCAGAGACUGUAUCAUCUAUUAGAAGCUCCAAAGGUGGACGGGAUGGAGCAUCAUCCACCCGAACACAUGCUGUUAGAAAUGCAGCAGAGGGGUCUAUCAGAGAAGAGGAAAGGUGGAAUCAAGCUGCCAUUUUGAGGCAAAGCCAAAUUGAAGCAUCAGGCCACGUCAGUAGACCUGAAGUGAUUCAGACAGAGACUGCAAGCAGAACAAACCCUUCAUAUUUCACUGUGAUACCCCAAAUUAUGUCUAACCUAACUCAGCCUGGGGCUUCUCUUGCCGGGCUGCAGCUACCAAAGCACAUGGAGAAAGGUAGGCGGAAAAGCUACGUUUGUAAGUACUGUGGAAAGGCGUUCCCUGGGUUGUCCAACGUUGUGGCACACCAGCGAGUGCAUACAGGUGAGAGGCCCUUUAAGUGCGACACAUGUGGGAAGCUUUUCACUGAGGCAGGCAACCUCAAGAAACACCAAAGAGUUCACACAGGAGAGAAACCCUUCGUCUGUCCCCGCUGCGGGAAACGAUUCGCCUGGAUCUGCAACCUCAAGACACAUCAGCAGUCGGCCUCCUGUGGAGGAGUCUGAUAUAAUAUGUCUGAUGACAAUGCAGGGCUUCCAACUCAUGCCUUCUUAUGAACCCAGUGAAUGUCAAAGGAAUCAUUAUAAUACUCAUGGUAUAAUUUACACAACAAAGAAAAGGGGCUUAUGAAAUAUAAAUAGAAACAUUAAUAGGAAGAUUAAGGUCUGUAGAUGUUUGCAGCGGUUAAAGCAAUUGUCUUCGGUGUUCUCUUGUUGACUGUCCGUGAAUUGUAAUAUUAAAAGUGAGCAGCAGGUGGUGCACUAGCACUGAUGAACGGAGCAUCCGUAAGUGUUUUACCUUUCCCACACGGUAUUAACGGAUUUGGCAGUACAAAAAGUCUGCAGUAUUUUUAAGUACUCUUAAGUAUUAGUAUUAAAGGCACUUAAACAUGUUUAAAAAUUACUAUGUUUUGGGUGUUAUAGGUCGUUGUUUGUUUCGAAUAUUUUGGUUAAGGAAUUUGAGGUAUUAGCCCGGCUAGCUCAGUCGGUAGAGCAUGAGACUCUUAAUCUCAGGGUCGUGGGUUCGAGCCCCACGUUGGGCGAAAUAUGUUUUUUUAUAGCACCUUCAGGUGCAAAUAUGUGUUUUUUUUUCAUUUGUUUUCCCCAGAGAACACUUUUGCCAACACAACCUGAACUCCAAACGUCGAUCUAGUGUUUUCCGACGUCUGGCAUAUCCAGAUCUCCGACUCACAAUUCGUUGUGGAAACAGUUUAAAUAAGAUAUAUAGAUGUAGAUGUCUGCGAGAUCUACAAGCUAUGUAGCUAAUUUCAAUUGUUUUUUGUUUGUUUUUUUGUAGGUGCUCCUUUAAAGAUCUUUUGAAACCAUUUAAACCAUUAGAUAUCCGUAUGAUAAUCUAAGAUUUGAAAUAAAAGUGUAAAAGGUGCAUUUCAGAAUUAAAAAUGGGUUUCUUUCUGAAAAAAA